UUGUUCUUUAGGUGUUGAGGAGGGCUGCAGUAAUUUUCCACGCAGGACGAUCACAGCUUCACAGAGGUGGCUUCGAAGCCCCGCCCACAUCCACUUGCAUGAUUGACAGCAGCGCUCAGCCUAGGGACCGAGGCGAGGAAUAAACUUUACAUCGAGCAGAUGUGAUGUAUGGUACUACACAUCACAGGACGCCGUUUGAUUGGUCUGGGGGAACACGGCCCUGUUCGGUCCGGAAGGACCCUCCUCCUGCGGCGGCCGCGUCACAGGGAUGCUUAAAAGCUCGGUGGGCUCGCCGCUCCGCACACGCGCCUGCCAGCUCCAGAGCCGCGUGAGCCGCGAACGAAUACAAAGAUGGGGAAAGAUGCUCGGGACAGCUGGAGCAGCCCGACGGAGUUCAUCCUGGCGUGCGUCUCCUACGCGGUGGGCCUGGGGAACGUGUGGCGGUUCCCGUACCUGUGCCAGAUGCACGGCGGAGGGGGUUUCUUAAUCCCAUACCUCCUGAUGCUGAUACUGGAAGGUGUGCCCUUGUUCUACAUGGAGCUUGCCAUUGGUCAGAAGAUGCGCUUGGGCAGCAUUGGGGCGUGGACUGCCAUCAGCCCGUACCUGUCAGGAGUAGGUCUUGCCAGUGUGGUCACCUCCUUGUAUCUGUGCCUGUACUACAACGUCAUCAACGCAUGGAGCUUCUGGUACCUCUUUAAUUCGUUUCAGUCUGUCCUGCCCUGGGCGGCUUGCCCCGUAAAUUCCAACCGGACAGGACCUCUUGAGGAGUGUGAGAGAGCUACACCCACCCAGUAUUUCUUCUACAGAGAAACUCUGGACAUAUCCCCCUCCAUUGAGCAGAAUGGACGCAUUCACACAGGCCAGGCUCUGUGCCUUGUGCUGGCAUGGGUCAUUACUUUCCUCUUCAUUGUGCGGGGGGUCAAGUCCACAGGAAAGGUGGUGUACUUCACAGCCACCUUCCCAUACCUGGUCCUCUUCAUCUACCUGGUUCGGGGCUUCACCCUGCACGGAGCCCUCAACGGUGUUAGGUACAUGUUCACACCGAAGAUGGAGCAGUUGGCCAAUCCUGUGACUUGGAUCAAUGCGGCCACCCAGAUCUUCUUCUCUCUGGGUUUGGGUUUUGGCUCCCUCAUAGCCUUUGCCAGCUACAAUCAGUACCACAACAACUUCCAGCGGCAGGCCAUUGUCGUCUCAUUUAUCAACAGCGGGACCUCCAUCUUUGCUGCCAUCAUCACGUUUGCCAUCUACGGAUUCAAGGCCACUGUGAACUAUGAGAACUGUCUGGAGAGGACACGUGUGUUGCUGCUGAACACCUUCAGCCUCGCCGAAGACUCCAUCUCUUUGAACAACGUCCUGGAGGUUAUGGACAGGCUGAACGCCACGUACCCGCAGCAGUUCGCUGAGCUGUCCAGCAGACUAGAAGACUGCAGCCUGGAGAGUGAGCUGGACACGGCUGUGGAGGGCGCCGGCCUGGCCUUCAUCGUCUAUAGUGAAGCCAUUAAGAACAUGCCUCUGUCUCAGCUCUGGUCCGUGCUCUACUUCUUCAUGCUCCUGCUGCUGGGGAUGGGCAGCAUGCUCGGCAACAUCACAGCCAUCAUCACGCCUCUGAGAGACUUCAAGAUCACAUCCUGCAUCAGUGACGAGGUGUUUAACGCUGGGGUGUGUGUGUUCUGUCUGCUGCUGGGCCUGGGGUUCACCACCCCCUCUGGGAACUACUGGUUUACCAUGUUCAACGACUACGGAGCCACAUUUUCACUGCUCUUAAUCGUCCUCAUCGAAGUCAUUACUGUCAGCUACAUUUAUGGAAUCAGAAGGUUUGAAAAGGACAUAGAGGACAUGCUGGGUCACCGUCCCAACUGGUACUGGAAGAUCAUGUGGGUGGUAGUGAGCCCCCUCCUCCUCAUAAGCCUUUUUGUGUUUUAUAUCGUCACCUACAUCCAGGGAGGGACCCCCACCUAUCAGGCAUGGGACAAAGAUGUGGGGAAGUCGGUACAGAUGGAGUAUCCGGUGUUCGGCCAGGUCUUCAUCGGGCUGCUGCUCGUGUCUUCGGUGAGCUGUAUUCCUCUGGCGGCUCUCUAUGCCUUUUGUCGAAAGAGGAAACACGGCGUCGUGCAGAAGGAGGUGGUGAGCACGGUGGCUGCUUAGCCAGCCUCGAGCUCCGGUCGGGCAGAGACGGUCUCAGCUCUGUCUGAUCUUCGUCAACACUCCAGCAUUCAUCGGGAAGAGAAAGUUGAACAUCGGCUGAACUCCUCCUCCUCCUUGCUGUCAUUCAAAGUAGUCAAAGCUGCUCCUCCUGCUGACAUCUAGCAGAGGGAGGAGGAACCCUGUCGGAUCAAACGGUCUCUCUCCUCACUUUUAGGACUCUGUUUGCAUCAGCAUCCUCUUCAUCCAAGCCUCUCACACCUGGUGAGGAGUGUUUGCAUUGAGAGCAGCUGGAGCCCUCACUGCUGUUGGCAGUCUCAUCCGUGUACGUCUACUGUAAUUUCUCCUUUUUAUUGAUAGUGUUUCAGUAUCUAACAUGAUGUGACUGAACAGCAGUGGGAUCCUGACAUGAAUGUAUGUAGAGCAGCUCACUGAGUGAGCGACACAAGUGUUUGUUUUCUUCCCUAUUUUUAAGGCACAGUGCUGCGUUGUCCUGCUCCAAAAUCGCUGCUUCAAGUUGAGUGAAAGUCUGAAUCACGCAGUAAGAUGAAACGAAACACCUGCAAAGAGAGAUUUGCACUUGUUUUUUAUGCAAACAGCGAGUUCCAGCAAUCCGCUGUGAAUCUUCUGAUCAGAGAAGUAAAAAGCAGUAGUUUUCAUCCCUCCAAUCAAAACGGGACGAUUCCAGGUCAUCCCUGAGGAAACAGCUGCUGUGAUUUCUGCAAGUUGUCAAUGUGGGAUUUGACUAAGAUGUGGGAUCCUGAAAGGCCUGUUGAUGAACACAUAUGGUGUAUAAAAUGUCAUUUUGCUACAUAUGAACUAUUUUUUGAUAACUAGUUUCGUAUCUGUCAACUUCACACUGAUGCCUUCAUGCCUUCAUGCCGGUGUUUGAAGCAGUAGAUGUGUUCAUGUGCCGAAACAUAGUUUUAGCACAGGAACAUGUUCAUCUUUGAUAUUUAAAUGUGUUUAAUCUGCUGAAAUAUUUCAGUGUUUUCAUUGUUUUAUGCCUUUGAUUUGACAUGCACAAUCCACCAAGGGUUAGUUUGACAUCAGUGGAGCACCUUUAUUAUUUUGUCCAUCUGUUUUUACUAAAUAAAUACGAUGUUUGUGUAAGGA